UGGCCUUCGUUUCCUCCGAUCCCCUCCCUCUCCACCCCCGCGGCGCCUUCUCUCUUACCAGCCGCCGCCGCCCCUGCCCCCGACGCUCAACUGCCGGCUACGCCGUGGCUUCCUGGGCAUCUCGGUAGCCCUCUCCGCCCGCCCUCGACUCCAGGUCGGGGGCCGCCGCCUGGGGCGGGCGCGCGCCCUCGACCCCAUACGGCCGCCGGCAUCUGGUGGAUGCGCCGCCGCCAUUGGCGCAGGUUCCUUCUCGCCGCCGCCGCCGCCGCGUCGUCAUUCAUGGCGGGGCGUCGCCGGGCGGGACUAGAGCUUUAAUCCAUGCUAUUCAACAUCCCGCACUGCAAAUCACAAGCUCCAGUAGCCGCCGCCGCCGCCGCCGCCGCAGUCGCAGCUUUCCCCGGCCGCUUCUUGUUCUCCUCCCUGCCGGCGCUGGUCCCGCCGCCUCCGCCUCUGGCCGAGGAGAACCCGUUCGCCGCGCUCCUCGCCUCUGACCCCCCACCGCCGGAGCCUCUCCGCCUGGUGCUCGCCGCGGGCGACGUCCGCUCCGCGCUCCGCGGCCUCCCAGGCCUCGCGCGCCAGCUCUUCCGGUGGGCCGAGGCCACCCCGCGGGGCUUCCCGCGCACCGCCUCCGCGUUCGCCGACGUCCUCGGCCCGCUCGCCCAAGCCAACCACCUCCGGGCCGCCUACCCCGUCUCCCUCCGCGCCCUGCACCUCGGCCUCCUCCUCCCCCUCCUGUCCCUUCUCCUGUCCGCUCCACACUCUCCUUCCAACCGGUCCCUGCUCAGCCUCCUCUUACGAUUGUCCACCAAGUUCCCAGCCCAAUGUGGAGCUCAGGACCCCGCGCCCACUACCUGUUCGACGUUGUGCCUUGCUGCCUUCCGCGAGAUGGCGUGCCACGGCGUGGCCCCUGAUGUUGAGGACUGCAACCGUGUGCUGCGUGUGCUUCGUGAUGCGGCCAGGUGGGACGACGUUAGUGCUGUGUAUGCAGAGAUGCUCCACCUUGGGAUUCAGCCAAGCAUUGUGACCUACAAUACUUUGCUGGAUUCUUUCUUGAAGGAGGGAAGGAAGGACAAGGCUACCAUGCUUCUGAAGGAGAUGGAGAUGCAGGGGGGUGAUAGCUUGCUGAAUGAUGUCACAUAUAAUGUGAUGAUUAGUUGGCUGACCAGGGAAGGUGAACUGGAGAAGGCAGCAAGGCUGGUUGACAGAAUGCGGUUGUCCAAGAAAGCUUCAUCCUUUACUUACAACCCACUUAUCACAGCAUUGCUUGAAAGGGGUUUUAUGCAAAAGGUUGAAGCUUUGCAAUUGGAGAUGGAGAAUGAGGGCAUUAUGCCUACGGUGGUCACAUACAAUGCUAUUAUUCAUGGGCUGCUUAAAAUUGGGCAGGUAGAGGCUGCGCAGCUGAAGUUUGUGGAAAUGAGAGCGAUGGGCUUAGUGCCAGACUUGAUCACAUACAAUUUGUUGAUAAAGGGUUAUUGUAAGGCAGGCUAUUCGAAGGAGGCAUUUUGGUUGCUUGGUGAUUUGAGACGUGCAGGGCUGGAACCAACAGUUUUGAAAUAUAACAUUCUUAUGGAUGGUUAUUGUAGAUUAGGUGAUUUAGAAGAAGCUAGGAGAUUGAAAGAGGAAAUGGUAGAGCAGGGCUGUAUGCCAGAUGUUUGUACAUAUACAAUUCUCAUGAAUGGUUCAUGCAAGGUGAGGAGCCUUGCUAUGGCAAGAGAGUUCUUUGAUGAGAUGCUGAGCAAAGGUUUGCAGCCAGACUGCUUUGCCUAUAAUACAAGGAUUUGCGCAGAGCUGACCCUAGGGGCUACUUACAAGGCUUUCCAGUUGAAGGAGGUGAUGGUGUUGGAAGGAGUAUAUCCUGAUACAGUCACAUACAAUAUUCUUAUUGAUGGAGUGUGCAAGACUGGUAACCUGAAAGAUGCCAUAGAUCUGAGGAUAAAGAUGGUCAAUGAUGGUUUACAGCCUGAUUGUAUCACAUAUACCUGCUUGAUUCAUGCGCAUUGUGAAAGAGGACUCCUAAGCGAAGCAACAGAACUUCUUGAUAACAUGAUCUCAGAUCGUUUGAAACCCUCAGCUGUAACCUACACUGUUUUAAUUCACGCAUACUGUAGAAGAGGAAACCUUUACUCAGCAUAUGGUUGGUUUCGACAGAUGCUGGAGGAAGGAGUUGAGCCUAAUGAAAUAACAUAUAAUGUGCUCAUACAUGGACUAUGCAGGACAGGCAGAACUCAACUGGCUUAUCGUCAUUUCCAUGAGAUGCUGCAAAGGGGAUUAAUGCCAAACAAAUAUACAUAUACGUUGUUGAUAGAUGGGAACUGUAGAGAAGGCAAAUGGGAAGAUGCAAUGAGGUUGUAUUUUGAGAUGCAUCAGAAUGGUAUUAGUCCAGAUCAUUGCACACAUAAUGCCUUGUUUAAAGGAUUUGAUGAAGGCCGCAUGCACCGCACAAUUGAGUACUUGGAGAAUAUUGUUUUGAGUGAAUAGAUUGGUCUCCCUGAAAGAUUGACCUAUUGUCCUUGCUUCACGGAUAUGUCCUUACAUGAUAGAUGGGGUUUGUGGGCAAUACCUUUCAGAAGGGAAAAGGAAAAGAGAGUUUGAGACAAUCUUCUCUGAGUUAAGUCGCUGGGUGCUUUCCAAAUGACUAGUUAAGCACAAGGAGGUCUUCCACUUGCUGCUCAAGAGAUUGUUGAUGGAGUUGGGGGCAGUUCUGUUAGAAAGAAGAAAAGCAAAUAUUUGAGCAGAAACAAGUCUUCCUCUUGCUCUUAAACCUUGUCAGCAUUCAUUCCUUGGCAUUAUAUACUUUUGCUAUUGGAAACUGCGUGGUAGGAAUAUGCUCCAGUUUCUAAAUACCUUUCAUAGUCUCAUUAUACGAUUCUGUCCCAUUUGUUAUUUUCUUUUGAAGUUUUGAUAAGGUGUAAUGGAAACCUAUCCAUGAAUUCCGGAUGCCAACUAUCUCAAAUAGUAAAUGGCUGUGGGCCUUUUCGUGACUUAGCUUUCUUCAGUUAUACAUAGGAUUUGUCUUGGUAAGAACAUACCAAGAAUUUUUGUAAUGAAUAAUUCUUGUAUCACUAUCAAUUUUGCCAUAGGCAUAAGUCAUAUGAAAUUGACCCGUCAGAUAUAGAACUGUGUUCUCAUUCUUUGCAUCAAUUAAUGAGAAUGUUAUCUAUUAAUUUUAGCUGUGUGCACUGUUACUGAAUUUUGGCAAAAUUUGCAUGAAAAGACUCUCUAAUUUGUUAGCUCACAUAAGCAUUUUUUUGUUUCACUUAUUUGCAUUCUAAUUUCUGAACUCCAUUUGCACUGUGUGGCAUACUUCCAAUAUUUUCUGAAUUUAUGUACUUUAUGGUACUUGGUUAGUAAUUAACCAAAUAGAGGUGAAAGAAUAUGGCCUGUAUGUAAAUUAGUUGUGAUAACAUGGACGAGUUAAUACUUCAUAUAGGUUUUACUAAUACCUAGCAUAAUUAGGUAUGCUACUGUCGAAUGCAGUUUCAGUUAUUUGAUUUGUAACAAUCAGUCGUAAACUUUUCUUUUUCUGUGGUCAUUAUAGAUUAACAGUACAAAUGAGGUAUGGACUUGUCAAGUAUAGAUUAAUCUUGUCACCUUGUAUCUUCUAAGAAAAGUUAAGAAACUUCAAUACUCAUGGACUUGAAGCUUUUCAUCACCUACUAAUCUACUAUUGUUGAUUACUAGAAUUAGUUUCCCUUUUGAUUGCUUACUUAUUGGUAUCAUAUGCAUAGCAUAAGGUGGCAUUUUUUUUUACUAUGUUCACUUUAUUUUAGACUCGUGAACAUCCAAGGGACACUACUACCUCUUGUCUGAUUCACCUGUCAUUCAGGUCACUGAUACAGUCUCCAAUGCACAACACUGACCAAUACUUUUCUUAAGCGUAUGCUCUAAAACUAAUGAAUUUUAAUGACAUUAGUGUAAUUUUGAUCAUUUGAUGAUGACGCGGUUGAUGUUCCAUCAAAGGUUUGAUUGUUUGACUGCAUGCUCUCUAGAAUUUACAUCAAUUUUGGACCAAGGGACAAGUACCAAGGUCCCACAUACUGUUGUAAUUAUUUUCUUUAGACCAGUCUUGCUGUUGUUGGCAUACAACUUCUGGAAAAAAUGGUAAACUAAAUAGUAGCUCGCAGCUGCAAUUCUCAGCAUUUUGAAAAUGGAUCUACUGUGAACUGUCACAUAGUUGAGGGCUCUUCUCCUAUCCAAGAGUGUUUAGAAUUCAGUUGGUCCACCAAUCUGCCAGCAUGAACAUAUGUGCACCUUCUGGAAGAACAUGAUACUAGAUCCAUGGAAGCUUCAUGGAAAUGUCUCUGCGGUUCAACAAGCACUAGCCUACCUUCGUAUCCUUGCCAAAUUUAUACAGUAUACAGAACCUCCAUUUUGAGGAAACGGCCAACUUCUAAUCGAGAUGGAUUGAUUUGUAGAUCCGUUGCUCCCUUGAUUUAUUCUGAAACAUGAAGUAGCCAAUAUAUCAUAGAAAAGGUAGAGUAUUUUUAUGACAUUGCUUUAGUUCAACCUUGAGUACACACGUUUCUUUUGGUAAUUUUUCUUCCUGUUAUUUUCAUGUAAACAGACUAAUAUAUUACUGUCUCUAUGGCCUGAAUACACAGGAAGCUAGUGCUUGUAUUACAUCUUUAAUUAAAUUUGUCUGUGAAGUAGUAUUUCAUGCAAUGCAAUCUUUCCUCUGCAUCUAUAUCUGAGGCUGUGAUUUACCUCCAUAGUUCUUGGCAUUCUUAUCAUCUUCUGAAGGACCUCCAUAUCAUGCUUGCUAAAUAUUUCUGGGUGGCGCAUGGCUGCUGCAGAAGAAGAGAGCCACCUCUGGAUCAUCCACAGGUAAAAGCAAGGAUGGUAUGUUGCGUGCAAUCUAGAGGGUGCUGUGCUCUUGCACAAUCAGUUUCUUGAAGGCCUGCCAGGAUACUUCAGCUGGGAAGGAAGACCAUCAGUAGUUGAUAAUCGGCACGGGAAUGAGGACCUUCAACUACAUCUACAUCUUGCAAUGAGAGUAGCAGGAGCAGCACUUGACCUAUUGGAAGACUGAUUCUGAUGAGUGCAUCGAGUUUAACCUACCAGAGAAGCCGUCUUUCCUGUCAAGGGUCCUUUGCAGAAAAGAUGAAGUUAACAAAAGUGCUCUGAAGCGGUCGACCAGGAUCGAGAGCGACCACAACGACGUGUCAGUCAGGAAGGCCGGCAUCCAGAUCAACCCAUGGACGUUGAUUCAAGGUGAGCGAGAAGGCGACCGUAUCCGCUGAGUGCGCACGUGAGCAGAUCAGAUAGAUGCUGCCAACAUCACUGCUUGCUGUGUUGCCGCGGCCAUUGCCAGCCUCCACCUGGUGAUGCCCCUUGCGCCUGGCGCCUUUCUCGACCCGCUUGGCCUCCUACAGGGGCAACUUGAUGCGAAAGCAGCGUCGAUUUCUGCAAUGGGAUAGUAUCAGCUGCGGAGAUACCAUUCGUCUUCCGCAUCUUGAAAGGAUGUUUCGGAUUUGAAUGUACUUCGAUUUCCAUCGUCUCUAAUUAUUGUAGGCAUGAUUCCAAGGUUGAUUUCUUGCUUCUGAAUUCUGGCUGUCCGUUACAACAUCACCUGUUUCUGUAUUCAGAUUGGUGAAGAGAUGGUACAAGGCAGUAAGGCACUAAUGCAAUUCUCCACCAAUCUAGAUGGUA